AUGUCCAACUACAGUCGCCAUCGGCUCGGAACGCCUUCCCCCAAAUCCCGACCGAUUCGCCAGAAGCUGCAGUUCACGUCCAGCGACGGAGAAGACGAUUCUAUCGAGGACGUCAACAACAGCACCGGGGGAGAGUCCGGCUUCACGGAGAUGGACUCCCCGACGCCGGUGCGACGAGGAGCCGCGGACAAGCUCCAAGUGGGCGGCAGCAGCCCGCUGAACCAGUCCGGCGGAGACGACGACGACGACGUGGAGCUGUGGGACGAGGAGGGCUUUGAUUCCCCGUCCCUGCUGCAGUCCCCCGGCAGCGUUAUUUUCGCCAACUGUUCGCCGUCGCCGAAGAAAGUGUCGCGGAUGUACGGAGGGUCGCCGGAGCGGAGCUACAUCCAGGACGACGGGGAGGGCUCCAGCUCCCCGGUACCGGACUGCCCCGACACACCUCCGCAUAAAACCUUCAGAAAACUUCGGCUCUUCGACACACCACAUACACCAAAGAGUUUGCUGUCCAGAGCCAGGAGCUCUGCCCCGGGAUCCUCCAGCAGGAGAGUUGCUCUCUUCAAGAAUGUCGAGUCUCCGCGAAAGUCCUUCACAGACGGCAGGAAACAGCAGAUCCCCAUGGUCAACUUUAACCCCUUCACUCCCGACUCCCUGCUAAUCCAGUCCGCCACACAGCACAGAAACAACAGAAAGCGAGCGCAUUGGAAUGAUUCUUGUGGAGAAGACAUGGAGGCCAGUGACGUCGAAGGGGAAGAUGAAAUUCUGCCGCCAUCAAAGAGGAUCACCAUGAUGGAGAGCAACAUGAUGUCCCGCUACACCUCAGAGUUCCUGGAGCUGGAGAAAAUCGGCUCGGGGGAGUUUGGCGCCGUGUUCAAGUGCGUGAAAAGGCUGGACGGCUGCAUCUACGCUAUUAAGAGGUCCAAGAAGCCCCUGGCAGGAUCAGUAGAUGAACAGAAUGCGCUGCGGGAGGUCUACGCCCACGCCGUGUUGGGCCAGCACCCCCACGUGGUGCGCUACUACUCGGCCUGGGCCGAGGACGACCACAUGCUGAUCCAGAACGAGUACUGCAACGGCGGCACCCUGUCCGACGUCAUUGCCGACAACUACAGGCGGCUUAGCUACCUGUCGGAGCUGGAGCUGAAGGAUCUGCUGCUGCAGGUUUCUCGGGGACUCAAGUACAUCCACUCCAUGUCUCUGGUGCACAUGGACAUCAAGCCCAGCAACAUCUUCAUUUCCCGUAAAUCCGUAGCGAGCUGUGACGAAUCCGACGAGGACGAUGGACUCACCACAAGCGUCGUCUACAAAAUCGGCGAUCUUGGUCAUGUGACCCGGGUGAACAAUCCACAGGUGGAAGAAGGGGACAGCAGAUAUCUGGCCAACGAAGUUCUGCAAGAGGAGUACAGUAACUUAACAAAGGCGGACAUCUUUGCUCUGGCCCUGACGAUAGUCAGCGCCUCGGGAGCCGAGCCUUUACCCACCAACGGGGAAAAGUGGCAUGAAAUCAGACGGGGCAAAUUACCCUCCAUCCCACAAGUGCUUUCUAUAGAGUUCCUUAGUUUACUCAAGCUGAUGAUCCAUACAGACCCAACCAAACGACCGUCGGCCUCUGACCUCAUCAAACACCCGGUGCUGCUGACGGCGGCCAGGAUGAGCGCCGACCAGCUCCGAGUCGAGCUCAACGCUGAGAAGUUUAAGAACGCUCUGCUGCAAAAAGAGCUGAAGAAAGCCCAGCAGGCCAGAGCGGUGGCCGAAGAGAAGGUGCUGUCCACUGACCGGAUCCUGACCCGCUCCACACUCCAGUCCAACCCCAGAACUUCCAGACUCAUCGGGAAGAAGAUGAACCGGUCGGUCAGCCUCACCAUCUACUGACCUGAAACCCAAAGGUUCAUGGACCUUCUUAAGGAGUAGAGGCGGUCUGGUGUUUGGAGAAGAAUCUCCCAACCCCCCUGUCCGUUAUUGUUGGGGUCUUCUGCCCGACCCGAGCUGUAGACUGUUGCUACACCGAACUGGAAGUUCUCUCAAUAAACUCUGGUGUAGUUCAGCCCCAUUUCUGGUGGGCUUUUUUUGUUUUUCCUCCUUUUUUGGGGAGGGGGGAAGAAACUCUUAUUUCCUUAAAGGUAGUUGCUUUACCUUUCACUCUCAGUCAUUCCUUAAGUUUGCCAAGACGUCAAGCUCUCUGCCAGGUUGACCGGACGACGGUGGAGCCCGUCGGCGAUUCGUCGCUCCCUUCGGAGUGAAUGUACUUCCCUUUAGCCGUGCGCACCUUACUGCCUGAUGUUCUGGAGAGCGACCAUGACUGUUUGGAAAGGAGCACUUUGCAGGGCAACAUGUGGUACUACUGCUUACCACAGCGUUUUAAGGAAGACAAAAGAAAGAAAGAAACUAUCUUGCUGCUAUUGAUGUUGUGUGUGUGUCAGGGCUUCUACUCAAAGUUUGGACUGUUCUAGAGAUUGUUGGCUCUUAUUCCACCAUUCGACCCCUUUCCCGUUUCAGUUUGGAUGGAUUUUUGGAUCAUGUGAUCUGAAGACUUCGUUCUGUUUUAAAUUACAGAAACCAGUAAUCGGACUCGUUAUUUGAGAGGUUUUGGACGGAUCCACUCUUUGGUUUUAGUUUCCCUGGUGAUCUGUGCUUCCAGACCCCCCAGCCCUCCUGUAGCAUUAGAACAAUCAUCAUCCUGUCCUGCCGUCGGCUUCCCAAAGCUCACACUCUGAAUGUCGAAAGGAUUACUCCUCUUCAUGUUCUUGUAACCCCUAACACACAAAGCUUUUGUUGCUAUAACAUGUACAUAUGUUCUGUAAUAAAUUCUCGUGAAUCAUCUUUUUGUUAAA